UUCACUUUAAAAUCACUAAUUAUUACGAAAAUCACAACAAAAACAAUAAACCAAUCGCUCGUCAAAUGGUCUCAAACUUAUCGAAACCAUCCGAAGAAGUAUUGACACAAUUUUCGGUGAAUCAAUUGAAACGAGCCAUCGAUGAGAUCAAUCAACGACAAGAAGUGCACCAUUUGAAGACAUUUGGUCCACUUUUAGACAAUGAUUUGGUUGUCAUAAUACAAGUGCACAACAGAUCCGACUAUUUGUUGUCUUUGAUUGAAUCGUUUGCCAAAACUAAACACAUUGAAGAAGUGCUGCUCGUCUUCAGUCACGAUCUCUUUGAUCCGAAGAUCAAUUCAAUGGUCACUUCCAUUACAUUUUGCAAAACAAUACAAAUAUUUUACCCAAAAUCUCUUCAAUUGAAUCCCAACUCAUUUCCGGGCGAUUCGGCCGAAGAUUGUCCUCGAGAUGUGACCGUAAAAGAGGCGCUAAGGAUUGGUUGCAAAAACCGAUUCAAUUCCGACUCUUACGGUCACUUCAGAGAAGCGAAAUUCACUCAAACUAAACACCAUUUCUGGUGGAAAGUGAACGCAGUUAAUGAUGACAAAAGCAAAGUGAUAACAUUGGGCUCUUAUGUCCGUUCCGUUGAAUUUAACAAAAAUGCGGACAAAAUUGAAAGAAGUCGUUGGAUUUCUAGUCGACAUAAUAUGGCAUUUAUU